UAUAUACAGUCUAUGGAACAUAACCGACCGUGGGUUCCGUGCUACGUUUAGUGUGGGCUAUUGAUCCGUACAGUGGGCUUAAAUGUCACAGGAUCGAGCAGUGCAGAAACAGAAAGGCUGCUUAACGUGUAGCGUGACACACAACUUACUAGAUCAAUAAAAUCUUACCGUCUCUGCCCAGAUGAACCAACCAACUAGAAACGCAUUUAACAUUAUCGGUUUUAUUUUGAAGCCUGACCGGAAACCCUCUUAUAUAUUGCAGCGACGUUUACUUGUGUUUCCAGUUUACCCUCCUCCCCUCUUUAACUUUGAUGAGCCUGUUUCUUUCCUGUUAUCUCCAUUCAAAUAAAGGACGCCAAUGGGUCACACAGACACUGCUGUCGUUGACAACAUGUGGACAUUUUUCUCUUUACUAUUUGAAUCGUGAUGGAUUCACGUGGACGUAUGGAUACAGUUGGCGAGGACGACAGGCGGAGACGCACGAGGAGCGCGCGAGCCUCCUGCAGACAACAAGCCAGAGCACGAGCCGACGAGGCGAAAGUGCUGCGGUGUCUUAGCGUGGGAAACACGGGAAAGGACAAUGACAUGGGGGAGGACACUGGUCUCUUCAAGCAGGAUAACCUGGAGCGGAGGAUCAUGGCGCCCCGCUACAGCCUGCUGCGGGAGGUGGGAAGGGGCACAUACGGCGUGGUGUACGAGGCGGUGGCCCGGAGGUCUGGUGCUAAAGUUGCCGUGAAGAAACUGCGCUGCGACGCGCCGGAAAACGUGGAGCUCGCCUUGCAGGAGUUCUGGGCGCUAGCAAGUCUGGAGAAACGGCAUCAAAAUGUGGUCCAGCUGGAAGAGUGUGUGCUGCAGAGGAAUGGCAUGGCCCAGAAAAUGAGUCAUGGGAACAAACGGUCCAAACAGUACCUGCGUCUCGUGGAGACUUCACUAAAAGGUGAGGCUUUUUAACGGUAGCUCUCCAACGUUAACUGUUAGCUGUUUGAGCUGAGUCACGUUAUCAGACUUUGAGAUUAGAGGGAACUAUGGGCUGCUUUUUGGCUUUAAAUCAUUCCCGAAUUGAAAAGCAGCCUCUAAGAAUUCAGAAACUGUUGUGUUGUAGCAAUGACUUUUGAUGGUCCCCCUAAAUAUCCAACGUAAUUUUAAAUAGCAAGAUUUUUUUAAUGGUCGUAGUUUAGACUUUUGAAACAAAACUGGAGGUAACGUUAGUUCCUCAGAUUUAGACACUG